AGACAUAGAUGUUAGUGAAAGACCAGAGUGUAUUUGGAAGAAAAGUUCUACAUAUUUAGGGAUUCAGAGAUAGUGGUGAUACAGUGAAGAUGAGGUACAAACCGGGAUUGAAACAGUCUGAAUCAAGUCAGUUCAAAUUUAGGAAUAUCAGUGUAUAUGCGGAGCCAAAGAAUAAGACUUUGGUAUUUCCUGAUUGCCAUAGAGAUGAAACAGAGUUGAUGACACUUAAGUAUAUGGUGUAUAAGGGUUUGUCUAUGGAUGUUAAAGAGAAGUUUAAUUUAUAUUGGUUUAAGGAAGAAUGUCUGCCACUGCCAUUGUUAAACAAUGAUGAUUUUGAUAAUUUUUGGGAGGAUUCUUUUGUAAAUGAGGAUGGAUGUAUAUGUUUGUGGAUGGGAAUGAAAGACACAGUGUUUGGGACUCCAAAGACUACACCAAAGAAGAAGACAGUUAGUAAGGGAACCACCCCUAGAAGAUCCCCAAGGCUAAAUAGUGUGGAUAAAUCAGUUGAAGGUGCAUCAAGAAAGUUGAGUUUCAUGGAUGUGCCCAUGUCCAAACAUUCUCAGGCUAGUAGCAGUGGUUGCAGUAAGGAUGUGGAUGAAAGACCUGCUUACAUGGAUGACUUUGAUGAUGAUUUUGGUCAGUACAUGAAGGGUGAGCAUGAUGUAGAUCUUUUCCUUGAAGAAGAAGUUUUUACUCCAGUAGAUCCUAGCAAAAUGGAGGUAAAAACUAGAUUUGCAAAUAAGGAAGAAUUUAAGAAACAUCUCAGGGGUUAUUGUGUUCUUAAUAAGUGUCAAUAUAAUUUGGAUAGAAGUGCUCCCUCUAGAAUUAAGGCUGAGUGUAGGUUUAAAACAGAACAUGAUUGUCCUUGGUUUGUGUAUGCUAGCAAGAAAGAGGGUGAGAAGACUUUUGUUCUUAGGAAAGUGAAUUUGGAACAUAAGUGUGAAGGGGAUCCCCAAAAUAGGAAUAGAUCUGCUGAUCCUCAUUUUGUAAAGGAUUUUGUUCUUGAUCAGAUGAAGAAUAAGCCUAAAAAAGUUGUUCCAGACCCUUAUAAAAUCAAGGAAGACUUCUUAGCUGAAAAGAGAGUAAAUAUACCAUAUCAGUGUGCAUGGAAGGCUAGGAAUCUAGUUUUAGAGUCAUUAUAUGGGAACUAUAAAGAAAGUUACAAUGAAGUACCAGCAUUCUGCAAGAUGUUUACUAAAUGCAAUGAUGGGUCUGUUGCUAAGUUCACUUUUGACACAGUGAAUAACACCUUUGAAAGCAUGAAACUCUCAUUUGAACCUGCAAUGAGGGGUUGGCGAAAAGCAUGCAGGGGAGUUAUAGGGCUUGAUGCCUGCCAUCUAACAGGGGAAUAUGGGGGAGUAUUGAUGGCUGCAACUGCACUUGAUGGACAGAAUGGGUUAGUAAUGUUAGGAAUUAUGGUAUGCAGAGCUGAAACAAAGGAAAAUUGGAUCAUUUUUUUGAAGCAUUUGAAGGAUGCAAUAUUAGCACAUCCAGUGAAAGUGGCUUUCAUUUCCGAUAGGAAAAAAGGUUUAUUGGAAGCUGUUGGUAUAGUGUUCCCUGGCCAUCACCACAGAUACUGUUGGAGACAUUUAUACAAAAAUUUCAAGAAGGAUUACAAGGGUCUUGAAUUAUACAGUUCUUUAUGGAAUGCAGCAAAAGCAUACAAAGAAAAGCAUUUUCAGGAACAUUUUGACAAUAUUGUGAAACAGAGUGCUGCAGCUGGUGCUUAUCUCAGUAGAGAAGAUCCUGCUACAUGGUCCAGGGCCUUUUUUAACCCUAUUCACUGUUGUGAACAUAUGAACAACAAUUUUUCAGAGUCUUUUAACAAUAUGAUCAACAAGAUAAGAAAUAAACCAAUUAUAAUGAUAGGAAUAAUAAAAUGUUGGAAUUUGUGA